ACCUGUCUACCACUUCCUGUUUUGGUAUGACGUAAGACCAAGUGUUCCAUCCCUGAUCAAUGCGUGCUGAUGUGGAUGUUGCGCUGCUGAGGGUCAGCAGUCGUCCCGAGCUGCAAGCACAGAUUACAUCGCCCAGCUUAGCAGAGCUGUAGCACUGGCAACAAGCACCGGAAUAAGCCAUCUCUCAGAACACUGACACCUGCUCUGAGACCACCUGUCGUUUGUAGGACUGUCUGCUACCUGCUGCUGUGAGACCAUCUGACAUCUGCCCAUUCCAGCUGUACCUGAUAUCUACAGGAGGGACCUGUGAAACUACCUGAACACUAGGUGGAUGUUUGGCUGGACGAUAUAGCAGUCAUAGCACAAGUGACACACUGAGGAUAGUCACAGAUCUGCACAUAAAGCAGCCGUUGAACACCUGCUACCUGCUGCAGCAGCUGCAUUGGGUACUUUAGAGAGCAUCUGACUCCUGUGUCUACUGCUUCGUAUAGGCACUUUUGUUUUCCCCGCAGUUUUCCCCAGGACCAGCAUCAUGGUUGCCAUGCCCUACGGCCAGGAGUACACCACCCGCCUGGAGUGGUACUCCCGCUUCUACCUCUAUGCCGUCCACGGCUACGUCUGUGAGGUCAUGUUCACGGCAGCGUGGGAGUUCGUCGUGAACCUUAACUGGAAGUUCCCGGGGGUCACCAGCGUGUGGUCACUGCUCAUCUACGGGAUGUCCAUUUUUGUCAUCGAGCACAUGUACCUGGCCCUGAAGGAUCGCGUGGUUCUUCCCUUACGCCUCCUGCUGUACCUGAUCUGGACAUACCUGUGGGAGUUCUGCACCGGCUACAUCCUGCGCCAGUUUAACGCCUGCCCCUGGGACUAUACCCCCUUUGACUAUGACCUGUUUGGGCUGAUCACCCUGGAGUAUGCUCCCUGCUGGUUGGUUGGGCUGUUCAUCGUGGAGCGCUUUGUGAUUGGAAACACCCUGAAGCUGCGUUACCAGGAGCCACCACGCAUGGGCAAUGGAGACAUCAAGAACAAGGAACAGUAACUCUGAUCCAUCUGUUCCCUGUAUGUGAUACAUUCUUAUCUUUCCACAGAGAAGGUAUAUCAUAUUGGAAAGAGACUUUAUGUAUCCACUCUCAGGACAGAUAUCUCCAUUGUUGGGGGGACUCCAAACACCUGUCUCUCUUGUUAAUUAAAAAAAAUGGAUUCUAAGAACUCAGAAAUAUUCAAGAAUUCACAGCUCCCCAUCAACACUACCCUAACAAAGCAAGCCCCUUAAAACACAUGGAUUUUUCCCAUGUCUCAAAUUUACCAGAAAUUAUUAGUAAUGGUGGAAAUGGAUCCAUAUCUGGAGCUUUGGAUACAGGAUGAUUGGGUCUACGGUGGGCUUCCUGAGCUACAGGGGAGUUACAGGUGAAAAUUGUGUUUUCUAACAUUUACUUAAAUGCAAAGAUGCAAUCAGACAUCAGAAACACAUCUCAAUCAGGAUAUUAUAUAUACCAAAAUAAUAAGCUGAAGACAGAUAGGCCCUGUCUAUGGUCUUGUUGACAACAUGUACUGGUAUGUCGUGUCAUGUAAGGGAAUCUCUGUUGACGUCAAGCAUAAAUAGUGUCUCAACCAUCAUUGAGGUGAAGGACAGGAUACAUAUAGAUGACCUUAGAGGAGAGAAAAACAAAUGCUUGGUAGUCCAUGUGCAACUGACACCACUGGUAAGUAUUUCAUCAGCUGUAAGUCUAUUGGAGGAUUUCUUGCAAGACAGACAUGUAAUUUUUCUGUUGGGUUUUGGGAUGAAAAUGUUAUAAAUGUUAUUCAAAGAUGUGAUUUUAACAAGUGUCUCUAAACACCCCUGCCGGCCCCAGUCAGACAUAUAUAAUGUUUCCAUAUUGGAAACUAUACCCAUGUUGUUGAUGAAACAGAGAUGAACACAUUUGUGCAAAGUAGUAGAUAUUUAUGACUACAACCUUGGACGUGCAUGGAAUAUUGUACAUAGAUAUAUAUUUAAACAAGAUAUUUAUAAGAUGUAAACCAAGCCCUGUUCCAAAUGUUAUAUAUCACAUGAUGGUCUAUUUAAGAAGAGAGAUGAAGAGAGAUGAAGUAAUCCUUCAGGGAUGGAAAUAUAUUAACUAUGGGACCACAGGGACAUGAGAAAGAGACUUAACUGUUUCAUUGUAUGAAUCUAAAUGGAAAAAGUAUGAGUUACCAGUAUAUGUUUUCUGAAGCAAUGCCUUUUCAAUGCAAUUGUUUUAUGCCAGGAAAUACUGUAUUCUUCUCAAGUGUUUUAGCUCUGAAAUCUGGCCAGAUUUUUUGUCUAGCAUCCAUCUGAUGUAGUGCUUGUAGUAUGAACAUACCUAUUAUUAGCUCCUGUUAGUAGAUAUUAGAAUGUUGAGUUCAGAGUUGAUGGGCGUCAAAAACCACUGUAGGAACAUAGUACUAUUUACUGUAAUCUGUGAAGUUAUACAUUUAUGAAAACAGAUGUAUCCCUCUUUCCUGCCAGUCAGCAGAAAUGGUAGUCUUCUCUUAGAUUCUCUAGCAAAUGGACUAAACUGCUGCUUCUAAGGCAAAUUUAAGUUCUUAAACAGGAAUGUAACUAUGAUUUGAAAAUCACUUGAAACCUCAUUGCCAUCUGUUUUGUCCUGAAAAAUAUUUUAUGCACUGCAGUGGUAUCUUGAUCCUAUGAGAGUGCCUAACCCCCUUCAGACCUUACCCACGAGAUAACCAGAUUUACUAUCUGACAACCUGAUCCAUUCUAGAAUUGAAAAUGGGUUAGUCUACCCAGGAUACUUUUGGUAUGCUGACUACCUGAAUUCCAAGGUAAGACAAGACUUUCUUGUGGUAAUAUUUAACAAUUCAAAAAACAAUGGACACAAGUUCUUUACUUUAUAGAAAGCCAAAGUAGAGGUUAGUAUGACACCCUGCCUCAAAAUAACUCAACAAUGUUCCAAACCUGUCUUUAUUGCUCCUAUUUUAAUUACUCAAGCACAAGUCCUGGCGACCACAUACCUCAAUACCUUACUGUAUACUGGCAGAGUACAGGCUUAAAUCAAUAACAAAAUUAGUUAUCAUUUGUGAGUAGGCACAUGAAGUGCAUCAUGGCUUUGUGUGAUGUUAUAACAACUUACAUGUGCACAUAGCAAUAAUUUUAGUAGUUGGUAGCAUGCUAUUUGUCUCAUUUGUAUAUUCUAUGGGAACAGAAUGUGCUUUGUACCAUGAUGUAAUUUCAGAUGUAAAAAUAUGUAGACACGAUUACAUGUAUAUGGUUUUGUGGAAAGAAAUGUAAAGACAGAAUUUAGUCUGUAAAAUACCUGAAAUAGUGAAUUUAACUUAUGUUAUAUAUCAAAUGUUACAUUCAAUACAAAGGCAUCACACAAAAUUAGUCACAUUUUCAGGGAACUGAUUUUGGGACCAAUUUUACUGGGAGGAUUGUCUUCCAUGAGUAUCAAAUUAGUGCAUUUGGCAGCACAUGGAAAUACAGGGCCUAUAAGUACAAUAUUGGGUUUCUCUAUCCAAUAUUGCACAAGUAUUAUUCACAAGUUGUUACCCUGUGCACUGUUGAGUGCUGUUUUGGAAAACUUCCAAAUGUCGUAAAAAUGUACAAACUAGAAUUCCUACAUUCAAGAGCAUUACAACUAAAAAUGAAACUUUUUUGCCCUCAAUGUUGUACAAGUACAUUAAUCAUCUUGUAUUAUAGGCUGUUUUAGUAAUGUAGUGUUUUGGGGUCAGGAGGAAUUUGAUGACCUUUGAAGAUUUUGUUGCAAUAUGGCUCAUACAGGUACAGCUGACCGACACAUUAAAGAAGAGCUUAGUAAGACUCACACAGACAUAAGUCUGCAUCCUAUGAAAGCUGCCUCUUAGUAAUUUUGUGUUGACUUAACAGUUAACUGAUAACAAUUAAGCAGUGCAUUCAUGUUAAUGUUGUGUAUGUGUCUUGUGUAAGCUUGUGGGUUGUGCUAUCAAUGUCUGUAUCUACUGUAACACUGGAUUAUACCUGCAAUAGAAUUUGCCACAAUCACCUGUGAUGUUCAUACUAUAAAUAGUUGCAGUGUAUAAGCUGCUUGUUAUGCAUAAUUUAGCAAUGGCAAAGUAGACAUUAUGUCUGAGGAUACCCUGGAGAGUUGAAGUAUUUAUGGUAUCUACCUUUAAGUGUUUAAAAAAACAACAACAUGCAGAGCUGGACUCAACUGUACAACAUUUGGAGAAGGCAAUAAAGGUUUCCUGCAGUGGAGCAGCUC